AUGACAGAUAAUCACGAGAAAGCUAAGCAACCGUAUCCAGAUAGCCCACCAACGGGUGAAUCGAGUAGUUCGGUGGCACCAUCUGCUCCAUCAGCUCCAGAGCAAUCGUCUCCAACUCGUCCACCCCCACCAGCCGGAUUUGUUUAUCCUAGUACGGAUAUUCACAACUCGGCAGCCGUUCAUGUUAGCUCUCCAACUACACCAUCCCCAUCGUCCGCUGGCCCACCACCAGCUCACGCGUCUGCCGGACCGGCCCCUGCUAUAUCUUCAUAUGACAUGCCACCACCAUCUUAUCAGGCUGCAAUGUCUUAUCCAGCAGCUCCAACUUAUGGUGGAUCGACAGAUCCAAAGUACUACAGUGGACAACCACCAGUCUACUAUCAACCACCACCGAUCACUCAAUCUCGACUCCCACAACCCGAUGGAGUCGAUCAGGUUGUAAGAGCCGUUCGCAUACAGAAUCCUACCGGAAGCAAUGUUAUAGUUCAUGUUCAACCAGGAGCACCGUGCCGUCGUUGUACUGUCGGAGUAGUCACACGCCAAACUGAUAUGUGCUGCCUUCUGUGUCUCAUAAUGCUGACAAUCUUCACAUUCCCAUUCGGACUAAUUUUCCUUUGUUGUAUUCCAUGUACUGUUCAAAACCGUUGCACCCAUUGCAACCGUCUUGCUUAA